GGGGGCGGGCUUGCUUUCCCAGCUGCGGAGUGACUGCCGCAGCAACUGUCCGCACUCUUCCAGCCCCAGCCUCAGCCUCAGCCUCAGCCGGCCGCCGAAAUGUCACGACCGCUAUCGGAUCAGGAGAAAAGGAAGCAGAUCUCGGUGCGAGGACUGGCCGGUGUGGAGAAUGUGACGGAGAUCAAGAGCAGCUUCAACCGGCACCUGCAUUUCACGCUGGUCAAGGACCGCAAUGUGGCCACCCGGCGGGAUUACUACUUCGCCCUGGCGAACACCGUCCGCGACCACUUGGUGGGCAGGUGGAUCCGCACGCAGCAGUACUACUAUGAAAGAGACCCCAAGCGCGUGUACUAUCUCUCGCUGGAGUUCUACAUGGGCCGCACCCUGCAGAACACCAUGGUCAACCUGGCUUUGGAGAACGCCUGUGACGAGGCCACCUAUCAGCUUGGUUUGGACAUGGAAGAGCUAGAGGACAUGGAGGAGGACGCUGGUUUGGGAAACGGUGGCCUUGGGCGUCUCGCUGCCUGCUUUCUCGACUCUAUGGCCACCCUGGGUCUCGCUGCCUAUGGCUAUGGAAUCCGCUACGAGUUUGGCAUCUUCAACCAGAAGAUUGUCAGCGGCUGGCAGGUAGAGGAGGCUGAUGAUUGGUUGCGCUAUGGUAACCCGUGGGAGAAGGCCCGCCCUGAGUACAUGCGUCCCGUUCACUUCUACGGCAGGACGGAGCACCACCCUGAUGGCGUGAAAUGGGUGGAUACACAGGUAGUCUUGGCCUUGCCCUAUGACACACCGGUUCCAGGUUACAGGAACAACGUCGUCAACACCAUGAGGUUGUGGUCUGCAAAGGCCCCCUGUGAAUUCAACCUGAAGGACUUCAAUGUUGGUGGCUACAUUCAGGCAGUGCUGGACAGAAACUUGGCGGAGAACAUCUCCCGUGUGCUGUACCCCAAUGACAAUUUCUUUGAAGGCAAGGAACUGCGCCUCAAGCAGGAGUACUUUGUGGUGGCGGCUACGCUCCAAGACAUCAUCCGCCGCUACAAGACCUCCAAGUUUGGCUCGAAGGAGGAAGUGCGCACAGACCUCAGCGGCCUCCCUGACAAAGUCGCCAUCCAGCUGAAUGACACCCACCCCUCGCUGGCUAUCCCUGAGCUGAUGCGGAUCUUGGUUGACGAUGAGAAGCAGUCCUGGGAUAAGGCAUGGGACAUCUGCGUGCGGAGCUGCGCCUACACCAACCACACCGUCCUGCCCGAGGCCCUGGAGCGCUGGCCCAUCGACCUGUUCCAGCGCCUGCUCCCCCGUCACCUGGAGAUCAUCUAUGAGAUCAACCGGCGCCAUCUAGAGCGCAUCUCCUCUUUGUACCCCGGAGACAUGGACCGCAUGCGCCGCAUGUCGCUGAUCGAGGAAGGCGACCAGAAGCGGGUCAACAUGGCCCACCUCUGCAUCGUCGGGUCCCACGCCGUCAACGGAGUGGCUCGCAUCCACUCGGACAUCCUCAAGGCCACCGUGUUCAAGGAUUUCUAUGAGAUGGACCCUCUUAAGUUCCAAAACAAGACCAAUGGCAUCACGCCCCGUCGCUGGCUGGUCAUGUGCAACCCUGGCCUUGCUGAGAUCAUCGCGGAGAGAAUUGGAGAGGAGUUUAUUCACGAUCUGGACCAGCUGAAGAAGCUGCUCGACUUUGUUAAUGAUGAGGCCUUCAUCCGAGACAUCGCCAAGGUCAAACAGGAGAACAAGCUGAAGUUUGCGGUGCACCUGGAGGAACACUACAAGGUCAAGAUAAACCCCAACUCCAUUUUUGACCUUCAAGUGAAGAGAAUCCAUGAGUACAAGAGGCAGCUCCUCAACUGCCUGCAUAUCAUCACCUUCUACAACCGCAUCAAGAAGGACCCAAACAAGCACUGGGUCCCCAGGACGAUAAUGAUUGGAGGAAAGGCUGCCCCUGGAUACCACACGGCCAAGAUGAUCAUACGGCUUAUUACGGCCAUCGGGGAGAUCGUGAACAACGACCCAGUGGUGGGCGAUCGCCUGAAAGUCAUCUUCCUUGAGAACUACAGGGUGACGCUCGCUGAAAAAGCGAUCCCGGCGGCAGACCUGUCCGAGCAGAUCUCUACGGCCGGCACCGAAGCCUCGGGGACGGGAAACAUGAAGUUCAUGCUGAACGGGGCCCUCACCAUCGGCACCAUGGAUGGAGCCAAUGUGGAGAUGGCAGAGGAGGCCGGAGAGGAGAACCUCUUCAUCUUCGGCAUGCGAGUGGACGACGUGGAGGCUCUGGACAGGAAGGGAUACAAUGCGGGCGAGUACUACAGCCGCAUCCCUGAGCUGAAGCAGGCCAUCGACCAGAUCGCCGGGGGCUUCUUCAGUCCCAGCCAGCCCGACCUCUUUAAGGACAUCGUCGACCUGCUGAUGCACCAUGACAGGUUCAAGGUGUUUGCGGAUUAUGAAGACUACAUGAAGUGCCAGGAUAAAGUCGGCGCUCUGUACAAGAACCCCAAGGAGUGGACCAGGAAGGUGAUCCAUAACAUUGCUGGCUGUGGCAAGUUUUCCAGUGACCGCACCAUCGGCCAGUACGCCCGUGAGAUCUGGGGAAUCGAGCCAACCCUAGAGAAGAUCCCAGGGCCAGAUGAGAAACGUUAAAUAGCCCUGCCUUCGUCCUGGUACAAGAAGAAAUGAGAAGCUACUGUAUUUAGGUACAAGAAGAAACGAGAUAAGCUACUGUAUUUAGGUACGGUACUGUGGUGUACAUGGAAUUUGCUCUUGGAAAACAAGAUUAAACAUGUAUUUGAAGAUGUUAUGUUCCCUGUUGAGAGAGUUAACUUUACAAUAUCAUGGUGCAACCUGGUCACCACAUUAAGGAAAUCGAUAUUCAACCACUAACCCUCCUUCCGCUCAAGGCUUAAUCUGGACAUAAUGAUCCACCUUUGGUUAGCCUGCCGGCCCGAAGCGUCCCCUCUUCAUCUCAAAAUCGACUCCCGUUUAUCAUCAAAACUGCUGUUCGGUUACGAAGCUUCACUUCCUAAGUCAAUUGUUUGGUGCCACUUUUUGAACCUCUUUACUGAAACCUGUCUUGAGGUGACCUGCAAAUUUGCCAAAUACACUCAUAUCUCCAUGCCAGCAUCAGCAGUGGAAGUGGAUGUAAGUAAAGGCACUUGAAUCAGACUCACCUGUGUUUGGGGAAACCUCUCGUUAGUUACACCCAAGUAGAUGUUGGUGUGUACCACUGUGUUUGGGGAAACCUCUCGUUAGUUACACCCAAGUAGAUGUUGGUGUGUACCACUGUGUUUGGGGAAACCUCUCGUUAGUUACACCCAAGUAGAUGUUGGUGUGUACCACUGUGUUUGGGGAAACCUCUCGUUAGUUACACCCAAGUAGAUGUUGGUGUGUACCACUGUGUUUGCCCUGUGAUACAAUAAGAUUGAGAAUUAAGUGCCCCCCCCCCCCCCGGAUAAUGGUUGAUAAAACUGCUGAUAGUUCAAAAUAAAGCUUUUGUGCAAGUCUAAGGAGCCAGAGGUCUGGAGGAUAGGGGCACGUGUGUCGGGUAAUGUGUGACUACAGCUUCAGACGUCACUGUGGUGAUGAGGUGUUAAAUGGGUUCCGGGUUCACCCUGCCGUACUCCGGUCAGAGAAAGAAAAAUAAAGCUGCAGCCAAUGA